UCAAAACGACUUAGGGUAGAGUCGUCUGAUUCCUGCAAUUUCGAUUCCACUGAAACACGAACUCCCUCUGCGCUCUCUGUCUCCGCAGGACACGACCUUUUUCCCACCAAAUCCCAUCUCAAAGUCUCCGAAUUUCGAACGCGAACAUGCACGGAGAAGACGGGGACCGUCUAAAGGAGAGGAUGAAAAGCGACUGCAGGAAGAUCAUGGAGAGCAUCAACGCAAUGUGUUUCGAGAACCUGAACGACGAGCAGGUGCACUCGCUGGUGCUGAUGCGGGAAAUCGCGCGCGGAGUUUUGACCAAUCGGGUCGAGAAGGUAACCUCCAGUGACGUCAAAAAGGCCUUGUCUUCGAGCAUUGAGAAGAUGGUGGAUUCUUGUAGGGAGGUGGCAAGCAUUUUGGGUGGGAUUUCAUGUGAUGGGUUGGGUACGGAAGAUGUCAAAAAGGUGACAAGGAUGAAGGAGAUUGCAAUGGGGAUUGUGAGCAAACGACCCAGAGUUGUAACCAUGCUGGGUUGUGAGCCUGGUGAACUGGGUGAUGGAGCUGAAGAUUUUGAUAUAAGUGAAAAGAAUGUGUGGAGUGGAGGGAUAGAAAGCGAGUUUAGAAAUGAGGAUGGGACCCCAAGUGAGUUGGGGAAAGCCCGGUUUAUGGGGUAACACACACGUCCAAUGGGAAUUCCCAGUUGGGAGGACUAGAGUCUGAGAGGACGAUUGGUGAAGAUAUGUAUGCAGCAGUGGAAGCAGUUUCCAAAGAUGAAGACGGUUGGACAGCGAUGGGAGGAAGUGUUGCGGAUGCGAUGAUGAAUACUGGCCAUGAGGAGCACUUUGGCAGGGUUGAAGGGUUGAUGUUCGAAGAUGAUUGCCUCGUGGUGGUAGCUGAUGAGUUUGGGAGUGAAGAUUGUCAAGUUGGGGUGCAGAAUUCUUUGUCACAGUCAACCCUUCAGCACCCAUGUUUGUGGCCUUCAGAUG